CGUCCCCGCCCCGGGGCAGCGGCAGGAGGCGGUACUGGGAUCUGCUGUGUGUGUCCUGGGCGGUGACAUCACUGUGUCCCGGUCUCCCGCAGCCUGGCAUUGGGAUUGUUGUGAGCGGCGGUGACCCAGGUGGCAGUGACUCAUCCCCGCUACUCUCAGUCACUGCAGACGCGGCCAAGGAGGGACAGCAAGCGGCGUGCGGGGAUUCCGUGGCUCGAUGAGCGAUGCAGCUGAUAACAUAACCUCUGAGGGAUCCGGUACCCGAGAGUCAGCAGGAGAAUGUGGAACAAGCCAAUUCUGAUUAGUUACCUUGCUGUUGCCUACUGUGUGCUAAACCAUGUCCGCAGCCAGACAACCGAUUCUGCAACGUUCUUUAACAACCUAAAAUGCAUCACACAUGAUUUAGACAACAUGAUCUGCCGCUGGGACACCCCAGAUUCUGCUGGUCCUGAUAUAAUCUAUGACGUUUAUUAUAGGUCUGUGGAUACAAGUGGGCGUUUUGAUACAAAAGCCAAUGAGAUAGAAGUCCCGUUUCUCAUGUUUGGCAUAACAGAUGUAAAGAUAAGAGCCAAAAAUGUUUCCGGGCAACCGCAGAAACACUUAAAGAUGACCGCGCAAGAUAUUACGUACGUUCCACAUACACCAGAAAUUGUCUCCUGGACUGACGAUUAUCAGUCGGACGUCCUGUCUGUGCAGUGGACGGUGGAUUCCUCAAGUUUUCUAAACGAUGAGAAAGUGAAAUGGGAGAUUAACGUGUUACGGGGUGAAAACUUGAAGCUUAUUAAAAACGAAACAUUCACUGUGAGCUGGAAUCAAUCGGAGACCGUGUUCAAGUGGAACUGGACUUCUGAUUUCCCUUUGAAAUGCACGUCCCACUCUGUUAGGAUCCAGUGCUACGUCUAUGUAGAAUACUACGACGGGAUAAUAGAACCCAGUGACUGGAGUGACAUUAAAACAGUGAAUGGCAGCAGCACCAACGAGAACAGUAUGUUCCCUGAAGAUCAGGUUGUCCUCGUCGGCUCCAACAUGAGUUUAUGCUGUAAAUUGGUGGACGGGAGCAGCGUAAAUUCAAUUCUUUUCAUUUUUGAUCAUCCUCCACUGGUUGACCUUGGGAGCAGCGGCAGCAGUGGCAUUCAGCUGGUGGGGUUGAACAAGUCGGAACCUAGUGGUGACAAUGUUUUCUGCGCAUCCUCUGCUGACGACUAUGCCACCGGGACCGUGGUGUUUGUUGGAUACCCUCCAGAUGAACCGCAGGACUUUUACUGUGAAGCACGUCAUCUCCGUAAAAUUAAUUGUACUUUUAAAGUGGGAAGAGCGACUGGAUUGUUUGGCGAUAAGCGUGGGACAAAAUACACGUUACAUGAACGGUUCUCGGGGACGAACAUUUCAUGUACAGCGAAUGACGCGGACCAGCAGGAAUUCGUCUGUAUCUAUGAUGUGAAGAACAAUCAGGACAUACAUGAUUUUUUGCUGAUUGCCUCAAAUCCUUUGGGGACAUCAGAUGCCUCUCUGUCUAUGAAAGUCACUGAGAGGAUUUAUCCACUGCCCAUUGAAAGCCUCAGUUUCCACGACCUCAGUCCUACUAAAGUUUCCAUCUCCUGGGUUUUGUCUGGACAGUAUACGUCAGUGAAGCUGUUAUGUGAAAUUCAAAUCAAGGGAAUCCACGGUGGAACAGAGACGCGCAAUACAACCGUGAAUGGAAUGAAGGAUUACCGCUACUAUUACGAGGUAGACAAUUUACAUCCAUACCAGAGCUAUGACUUUUGUGUUCGAUGCUCAUCAUACGAUCAUUUCUGGAAGUGGAGCGACUGCAUCAGUGAGAAGAGGCACACUACUUUACAAGCAGUCCCUUCAAAGCUGGAUAUCUGGACAGAAGUUCUACAAAGCCCAGAAGGACGUGUAAUAAUAGUCUACUGGAAGCAUUUGCCAGUUAAAGCAGCGAAAGGAGUAAUUACAUCCUAUGACGUGACAUGGAGGCCUCUCAGCAGUGACGGAGAAUAUCAGCACUCCCAGCUCUCCGCAGACCUCAACAGGACUUGGAUAAAUCUUACUGGCAGCGAUAGUGGGGAUUAUGAAAUUAGCGUCAGAGCUAUCAAUUCUGCAGGAUCGUCGCCGCCUUCGCGGAUAACUACCGUACAGUUGCCAAGCGAUGUGGAGCCUGAGAGGAUUGUUGGAGAGCCCACUGGCAUUAACCUUACCUUGAGUCCGGGCAGAAAUGUGACCUGUGGGUAUGUUGUUAAGUGGAUGCCGUCCUUUCACCCACGAGACUCUGACCUGAUGUGGAAGAGAUUUUCAUCCAAUGCAUCGAACGCUUUCAUCAACUCACAUUAUUUCCAGGCUGGCAUACGAUACAAUCUAUCAGAGUAUGGCUGUAAGGAUAAUCGGUACCAACCGCUGAGGAUGAUGAUUGUAUACAUGCAGGAACUAACUCCCAAAGUGGCGCCAAAUUUUACCAUACAAGAGACCACGUCCAACUCCAUAUUGCUGAAAUUGGUACCCAUUGCAGAGGACGAGCUGUGCGGAUUCCUGCAGGGAUAUUUGGUUUAUGUAGCAAAAAAUCAAAAUGAUUCAUCAAUGUCCAAAAUCUUGGAACUGGAUCGCCAUCCCGAGAAGAAGAUUAAGAAUAUCACUGACCCAUCAGUCAGGUUGUUAAAAAUUGAUGACUUGCAGAGUGGAACAAGUUAUGAGUUGGGUCUACAAGCCUACACCAGAGGAGGAGAGGGCCCGAUUCAAACCUUCCGCGUAGUAACCAAAGACAAUGCUCUUGGCCUAAUACUUGCCAUCCUAAUCCCCAUAGCAGUUGCGGUAAUUCUUGGUAUCGUGGCAAGUACCAUAUGCUAUCGGAAAAGAGAAUGGAUCAAAGAAACGUUUUAUCCUGACAUCCCAAAUCCAGAAAACAGCAAAGCUCUGCAGUUCCAGAAGAAUGUCACAGAGGGGAAUAAAACUGUUAAAACACUGGAGAUGAACCCGUGUACUCCCAACAAUGUGGAAGUAGUGGAAUCCUUUUAUACAGUUCCAAAAAUCUUGGAUACAGAACUUAAUUCUCCGCUUUCUGAUGGCGGUUCAAAUCCGGAGGAUGGCUCUGAGGCACAGGGCGAUAACCAUAUUGUUGUGUCGUAUUGCCAACCCACCGCUCAUGAAGAUACGUCUAAUCCAGUCCUGGACGAAUCUGCCACCCCGUCUCAGGUGGUUUAUAUUGACAUCCAGUCCAUGUACCAGCCACAGGCCAGUUCGGAAGAAGAACUUGAUAAUGACUUUUUGGAGGAAGCAGGUUACAAGCCCCAGAUGCAGCUGCCUGUAAGUACUGUGAACACUGACAGUGCUGCUGCAGACGUCUCUUUGGCUGCAUCGUCAGGGUAUAAACCUCAGGGACACCCGGACACCUGGGCGAUUGAUUCCCCGGGCUCCCCUACAUCACUGGGAAGUGAAAAUGCCUCUUUCGGGAGCCCUUGCUCAGUGAAUUCCAGACAUUUUCUGAUCCCUCCAAUGGAUAAUAAAGAUUCCCGCAAGCCCACCCAUGUAGGAUGGUCGAUAUCCUCUCUGUUUCAGAACAAGCAAGAUGAGUGAGCGCGGCAUCACAUACUGUAUCACGUGUUCUGCACGGACUAGCAUACCCAUAAAGGCAAAUAGCAGUGACGGAGCUGGUAUUCCAAGCUUGAUGUCUUAUGCAGACUGACUUAUCCAUUCAGCGUUUAUAGGGCGAUGCUAUAUGUAGACAUGGGAGCUGGACAUUGAUCUAACCGGUUUCCCUGUGUUGUGGCAUUAAUUUUGGCUGCACGGUCAACAUUGAUUGAGAUGUUGGCGAGCGUUCUGCACCACAAGCUCAAAUCGGGUUGGCAGUCCCAGGAUUCAUAAAGAAUAGGGAUUUGUGCUUUGUGCAAUUUAAUGGCAUUUCAGUUAAAAUGUGAAGCAAUGGACAAUAUGCUCUAAAAUGCAAUUAUAAGUUCUCUUAAAUGGUGAAAGAUUGUUUUAAGAGAUAGCUAAAGGAUGUAUAGUAUGUAUGUAUAUACAAAUUGCUUAUAUAGUUGUCCUAUAUUGGCUGCAGUAUUGUAGCAUAUGGUCUGUGUUAGUUUGGUUGCCAUGGCAGGGCUUUCGCUAUUUAUGAUUGAGCAGCGAUUACCAUCAACCUCGGGCCCAUUAUCUGCUGUACCACCUGCAACAGCGGACGUACAACCCCUAGACCGUUAUCUGCUGUGACCACCUGCAACAGCGGACGUACAACCCCGGGCCCAUUAUCUGCUGUACUAUCUGCAACAGCAGACGUACAACCCCGGGCCCAUUAUCUGCUGUACUAUCUGCAACAGCGGACGUACAACCCCGGGCCCAUUAUCUGCUGUGACCACCUGCAACAGUGGACGUACAACCCCGGGCCCAUUAUCUGCUGUACUAUCUGCAACAGCGGACGUACAACCCCGGGCCCAUUAUCUGCUGUACCACCUGCAACAGCAGACAUGCAACCCCGGGCCCGUUAUCUACUGUACCACCUGCAACAGCGGAGGUACAACCCUAGGUCCUUUAUCUGCUGUACCACCUGCAACAGCGGACAUGCAACCCCAGGCCCGUUAUCUACUGUACCACCUGCAACAGCGGAGGUACAACCCCAGGUCCUUUAUCUGCUGUACCACCUGCAACAGCGGACAUGCAACCCCGGGCCCGUUAUCUACUGUACCCCCUGCAACAGCGAAUGUUCCGCCGCUGCUCUCAAACUAAAGCUGACCACAUGCUCCAUUAUCACUGCCUAUAGUAGGGUAACUAGCUAGAUAUUGUGGUGUGCAGUGCCCCAUAAUAAUAAGCUUAGUAGAGUCAAUCGGUUGACAUUCGGGCAUUUUGGUAAGUGCAUUUAGAAUAUAACCGCCAUGGGGCGUCUAUAUGCGUCAUUUUAUGACCGCAUUGACCAGUCGUAACGUAGAGAUCCAGCUGCUCAGCCGAUGCACUGUACAGUACAUAUUUUCUAGUAUGACCACCGAUCCCGUUGGGCGGUGCUGAAGUCAAGCAACAGGAUUGGCUUGUCUUUAGCAACUAGAGCUAUGUAUCAUUAUAUAUGAUCUCCACAGCGCAGGCUCUUUACCCAGAUCCAUGAAUUACCAAGCAUCCUGCCAGCCCGUAGCAUGUAACAGACAGCUGUUUAGUAUAUUUGAUCAUUUUGUUUAAUUUUAAGAUAUACAGUGGAGAUCUGUAGCUUUCAGUGCCAAGUGUGCUUACAUCCAGCCCAUGCUUGUCAUUCUAGGCAGAGGGUCUCCAUUGUACAGAAGGGUCUGCACCACUUAUUAGCCCUGUGUUUUGCAUGCUUUGCAAUGGAAAGGGUUAAACGCUGUAGUCAUGUCUACAUGGCAGCUGCUGUCUUCCUAACAUGAGCUCCGUAUGUAGCAAUCUGUCCCAAAACCGGUUUUAUUUUUAUGUUGCAAGAAAACUGAAUUCCACGUAUGAGUGUGUGGCUGUUGUUUUUUUAAUUUUGAACUUCGUCACAUUUUUUUUUCCUUUUUCUGUGAAAAGAUAUCAAAGUCCCCCUGUUUUAUGUCAGGAGGUUUAUGAAUGUAUUAUGAAUUUUUAUAUAUACAUACAGAUUUUUUUUUUUUUUUUUUAUUGUGAAAACACUACUUAUAUUUUUUUUUAAGAUGCAGUUUUCUUUGUUUUAUCACUGAGAAAACUUCCAUUUUGUUUCUUUGUGUACCUACUGUAUUAGAGAGCUUGUCACGCUAAGUCCAGAGACAUGGGCGAGACUACAUUUCGUAAAAAUAAAUGCACAUUUUAUUUGUUUUAGAAAAGUGAAAAUCUUCUGUUUAUUCCGUGUUCUCUAGAAUUUCAGGCUGUCCAGGAGAUGAGACUAGUGGGUGAGACCCAGAACGAAUAUUAAGACCUAACAAUGGCUACUGGAUAUACAUACGUAUGCAGAAUUUAGGGGUCUAUUCAAUUACUGUCCGGCUUUCUUAAAAAGUCAUAAAAACUGCACUUUCCGACUUUUUUUGGUCGAAUUUGGAUUCAACCUAUUCAAUUAUAGUGGUGUUUUUCCAACUUUUUUAAAAAUCCGACUUGGAUCGGCGGAUUAGCCGCGGAGCUACGUGUUUUGUCGAAUUUGCGGGCGAUUCCGACUGUUUUUUGGCCAGUUUCUGACAAUGUAAAUCUGACUUUAAAAAAAAGUCGGAUCGGCAUUGUCGAAAACGGGCAAAAACCUGUUGGAAUUGCCCGCAAAUUGAAUACUGAACUGUCGGAUUCUCUCCGUCGGAGAGAAUCCGACAGGAAUUGAAUAGACCCGUUAAUGUUUUAGAUUAAAAAGAUAAUAUAUUAAAUUUUUAGCUAUUAUAAAUUUGCUAUCCAUUGUCCUUAACUGAGGUUUGAACCUAUUUCAUGGUGGAAUGGUGAAUAUCCUCCACUAUCGUAUUAAUGUCGUCAUACUUUAAAUUGCUUUACUGAAAAAUAAGAAGGAGUGAGUUAUUACCUGUAUAACUUUGAGCCCGGCAUUCCUUCCCCUAGAAAAUAUAUAAUAUGUAGUAUGCAGGUUAUAUUAUAGGCCACUUUAUACAAAUACAGUGAUAUUUUGGUGUACAGUAUAUGGACGCUUUCAGUUUUUGUUUUUUGUUUUUAAACUGGCCGUUUUAUGUGUUUAAUUGGAAUUGUGUCUCCGGAUUAGCCGCCGUCCACCACUAUCUCUCUGAUUUGUUGGGAUGUGUGUUGCAAUCUAUGGAUGUUGGGCUCUGUAGAAAGCUAUAGAGCUGUUUUGGUGAUUAUUUUCCCACUACGCUACUAAGGGAUGUUUGCGCUUGUGAAUAUUAGAGUUGCACCUGGGUAAUGUGCGAGGAUGAUUUGCGAGAUACCCAAUACACUAAACUUUGCACUUGCCUUUUAGUCUUAGGUUGUAGCCUUAUUUUGUAACUGUGAAGACAUCGGUUCUAUUGCCGGUCAGUGAUUACUGUAUGCUUGUGUCUGACGGACGAUAAUUGGCACGAGUACUUUCAUAAACUUAGGAGAGAUGUUACCUCAGCUCACACACGUAUACGGUCACAACUAUCUAAAUACUAAUCCCACAUGUCAGGCUGCCUGGCUUAUACUGAGAUUAUGGCUAGCACUGAAAUCUAGUCUUUGCUAGGGAUAAUGACCAACAUAUACAUUGAGUAAUAUCGAUGUAUAGGUAAAGCUGCAGUACCACCUUAGGAUGCAUCUCUCUGUAAUGCAACCGUAAUAAAGGGAAAAGUACAUCCAUAGAGAGUAGUGAUUUAUGUGAAGGAAAAAGGGAGUGCGAGCUAAUUCUUCUUCGUCGUCUUGCUCUUCGUCUUCUUCUUCGUUUUCUUUUUCUUCUUCUUUUUCUUCCUCCUUUUUUUUUUUUAAAGGUGUGCCUCUCUUAAAAGUAAACCUGGCCAGUACAGGAUUACUUAUACUGUUACUAACAUAUGAAAAUGAUAAAGUAGAUUUGGGAGGUGAAGAAGUUUUACACUUCUUGCUGAAAAUGGUGGGAUACCGAAUAACCUUUAUACUGGCUAGAAGUGAGGUGUACCUGUAUUGGUGAGCAGUAUCUGUGCCCGUGAGACUCUGUAGGUGAGGCCAGAAUGCAGAGGCAUGAAGCCUAAAGAUGUUAUUUAAUCUCAGGAGUAGGGGGUAUUAGGGCUAGCCAAUUGUCUGUUGCAUAGAUAAGGAAAUGUUAUAGAUGGGAGGCAAUCACGAUUUCCGCCUGUCGGGAUCCCGGUGGUCACAAUGACGACGUCGGAAUCCUGACAGGCGGUUAAAUGCCGCCACCGGAAUGCCGGUGCCACAGUUGUGGACACCCGUAGAGGGACAAUAUAAUGUGCCCGCAGUGUGGCGAGCGCAGCUAGCCCGCAAAGGGGCUUACCAGCGCUCGGCCCGCUGCCAGCAUACUGGUGGCUGGGAUCCCGCUGUGGGGAUCAUUACAGCCGGGAUCCCGGUUGCCGGUAAACCAUAUGUGUUCCUUAUAGGUAGGGAAAUGCUCAUAAGUUUCAGAUGAAUUGUGCUACAUAUCAUUUCAGAAUCUCUUUAUGUUUUAUUGCAAUCACUCAGAUAUUAAGAUGGGGUUUUGUUUUGUAUAUACUAGAAGAUGUAAAAAAGAAAAUAUUUUUAUAGCCUAUAAAAUGCAGCAAGUGAUGAAGCUUUGUGUUAUAUUGAAGUAGUAUUUCAUUUUCUUUAUUGUCUUUUUUAAUGAUCUUUAAUAUGCACUAUUGGCGUUCUUUUUACAGAACUCCCAAUGUAAACCAAAAAUAAAACAGGACAAACAGAUGGAACUAAGUUUUAUUGGACAACUUGUCUAUAACUGUAGAUGCUUUCAUUGGUUUGUUUUAUCUGAUGUUUAGCUGAUUUUGUUGCUUUUAGUGGCAGUCUCCAACAGUGGAGGUUAUUUGCCAACAAAAUACAGCAGCCAAUUGUACAUUUCUUUUCAUGGUCUAUAGUAGAUUUGUCCAUUCAAAGCCAAUUGCUGAUUGGAUAGCGUGUGUUUUGGUCACAAUAUGUUGAAUAGAAAAUGUAAGUCUAAAACUGUCUGUACAUACGCCCCAAAACAUAACAACUCCUCAUGGGCAAAGAGAAGAUGAAAAUGAGAGGCGCUCACUAACCUGUUCCUAGCUUUACACCUCUGCCAGGAAAUAAUUGUAUUUGCCUUUAUUUUCUCCCUCCAACUUCAUAUUUCUCCUGUAGCUCUUACAUCGAGAGACAGAAGUUAAUUGUGUCUGUUUUACUGGGAGGAACUCCAGGUCAAGGAGCAUAAAGGACAGUGGGACAAGUCCAUCCCUCCAUCCCUUAUAGAGUUUUGUAUAAACACAGGGCAAUAUACAGGUGCCAGCAGUAGUACUGUAGUUAGUGAUGUAGCUGGUUUGUAUAAAGGGCCACUAAGCCCCCUGCUUCCUGAGCAAAAGGCACUAAAGUCAGUUUUUAAUAGCUUCCCUUCAAAAUAGACUUUAAAGACUACUUGGUCACAAAAUAUGACUUACUCUGCAUGUUUGCACUUUCGUAAAUAACCCUUGGGGGCCCAUUUUAUUAAAAAAAUAAGAAAAUUGCUGCUUAUUCUCCAAAAACAUUUUCGGGUGGUAACUGCAAAUAUUUAUUAUCACACAAUUGUAUUAUUGAGGGGCUGCAGCAGAUACUCCGGUAUCUGCUUGAAUACCUUCAUUCCCGCCUGCAGCCUCAUCCCUCAUAGGUUACUAUGGGGAAUGCAAUGCCAGAUUUACCAAGCUCCAUAAUGUGAAUCAAUCCACAGAUUGGCCCCAAUCUGAAAAUGGCAUUAGCCUGCGGACUACACAUCGCAUAAUUAGCCGGGAGAGGCUUCUCUUGGAACGCUCCCUGUCAAUGGCCGCCUUGCAUGCGAGGUCAGCGGGACCGUGCGUGUUCAGUAGUCCCGCUGCCACUCAGAGCACAUCACAGGAGUCCCGGGUGCUGUCUCUUACAUCUGCCCGAUGUAUGCGCAUCCUGCAAUGCGAUCUUGGGUGCUAUCAUCGCUCCCAGAUCGUAUUGGAAAUGCAGUGCUUGAUAAAUGGCCCCCUCAGUGAGAUUUAAUACGCAGUCAAUGGGGUCGAUUCAAGUAGCCGCGAGGCAUCUCGCCCAGUGAGUAAGUACAGCUAUAUGCCUCACUUACAGUAGCAGCAUCUUAUUUGCAUCCCCCACAGGACUGCAAUAAAUACUGCACAUUUUGGGCGGGUUCUGAGAGAGGGGCGAGCUCAGCUGGUAUUUCUAUGACAUUGCAACUGGAACCCCCCCUCCCUGAUUUGUAUUUACCUCAGUGAGUCUGUCUAGGGAAACACAGGAACCAGUUUGCACUUUUUGCAAGGAGCCAUUACCAAUAAACGCCUUCAGCAUUCUACAGAUGAAGUAGAGUAAUUGUGAAUGGAAGAGCUGAGGUAAAGAGCUGGUAGAAGAUAGUGUGAGUGAAUGGAAGUCAAGAACUGGGCCCUAUGGCAUCUGCUGACCAUUAUGUUCCACUGUUGCACCUGUGGCUGAUUGGGCGCUGCCCUUUUGAUGUGUUUGUCUAAGUGGGCAGUACCUUCGCUGUAUUGGCCAUCAAAGAGUUAACUUUGAGCGCUGAACAUUGGUACAAAAAGGACCUACAUGAUUAAUCUCAAUUGGUGGCCAGGAAUAUUUUAGCACAAGUUAUAACCUAGAGCAAAUUAGCCGUAAUUCUGAACAAAUAUGAAUACAUACGAUGGAAAAUAAAAGAAUUGGUAGAAAUAUACCUUUGCAGCAUACGUUCUAGGAAAUUAUAGCUAGAAUCAGAUUGGUUGAAAUGGGCAAUGCUUCGACUCUUGUCCUAUUAAGGUUUCAGCAAACUUUCCCCUUGUCUGCCAAUAGCUUCAUUAUUAAAAUGUUUAUUGGUGGAAAAUUAUCAUCCGAUGCUAUAGAAGGAAAUAUAACUGACGCUUGUAAUCUGCUUAUUAAGAUCAUUUUUAGCCAGUGCCUUCCACAGUAAAACAUACGGAUUGGAGAGGGGCGUCCUAACAAAGCAGUAGAUUUUAUUACCCUUAUUGGGGGGUCAUUCCGAGUUGAUCUUAGCUGUGCUAAAUUUAGCACAGCUACGAUCAGGCACUCAGACAUGCGGGGGGACGCCCAGCACAGGGCUGGUCUGCCCCGCAUGUCAGUGCGCCCCCCCCUGCAGAAGUGCAAAAGCAUCGCACAGAGGUGAUGCUUUUGCAUUUCAGGAGUAGCUCCCGGCGAGCGCAGCUCAUGCGGCUGGCCGGGAGAACCUCUUCGCUGCCCGGUGCGGCCACGCCUGCGUUGGCCGGACCGCGCUCCCUAAACGGCGGCUUAAGGCCGUCGUCCAGCCCCCUCCCGCCCAUCGACCGCCUCUGCCUGUCAAUCGGGCAGAGGUGAUCACUAGGCAACGACGGCUGUCUGGCAUGCGCCGGCGCACUGCGGCACCAACGUAUGUGCAGUACUGACCCGAUCGCACCGCUGCGAUAAACUGUAGCAUGCGAUUGGGUCAGAAUGACCCCCAAUGUCCUUACAAGGAGCAUCUUCUCCCUAUUUCUGCCGUCUCCAGCGGUGGCAGAAACGGAUUUGUAGUAAUGUGUCUGGAGGUAAAUGGAAAGAGUAACACUGGAAACCCAGCAUGAGUGUUUAUCCUGUACAUGCAUGAUGUACAGAUGGAGACCCGCUCAUCUAUCCCUUUAGGAUUAACUGAGCCAGGGCAGUCAGAUUUAAUCCCCUGCUGUAAUGACUUAAUCCCCUUCUGUAUUGUUCUCUCUGUAUUGUAUUGCAGUUGAGAACAAUAGAAUAAAGGCUUAUGCUAAUAAGCCUUGGUGCACCUAGGUGCAGCAGAGAAGCCUAGAUGAGCGAGGCACCGUCUCUAUGUUUAUUUCAAUGCUAUGAAAACUCUAGAGGACGUUCAGUUCUGUGCAGCGUGCCUCCCGUUAUGGUCAGGCGAAUUCACUUUGUGACUAGUAACAUCGCAAAUUUUUCCUCGUGCCCCAUAGGGGUUCAUGGGGAAACUAUUCGAUGUUUGCAGACCAUAAUAUUGAUGCACCGCUGAACAUGGUGGAGGAACGUGGCCGAGAACGGAAUCUCUCUAGCAGAAUCAUCAUGUUGUGGUAUUAUGUAUAUAACUCUAGCUGAAUGUUUGUUUUGAAUGUUGCAUAAGUGUAAUAAUGUAUUUUGUUUAGGCUGGUGUCACACUUACAUUUUGGUAGCAGCGUGUCUGUGAAAAGGAGGUGAAGGUUUCAAGUUUUCUACAUGCAGCGUUUUCACAUUGAAAUAAAUGUUAAACGCUUAAGCUGUAAUAAGCAAUUGAUGUAAAAAUAGCAGAUACAGUAUAUAGCAAACAAACACUAAAUUGCUUGUGAUACGACAUAAACACUCUGCUAUUAAAACACAGAUGUUUCAGUUGUCUUGCAUUGUACAGUAUAGCAAUUACAAACCAAACGUGUCUGUAUUAGUGGGCUGUUAAAUAAUGUGUAUGUCAAAAUCCAUCUAAACGUCACUGCCAGUAGAAUUUUGUUGAUUGUUAAAACACUAUGAAAAUGUAUUUACUUCUGUGCGUAAGCAUGUCAAUAUACUGUACAGCCCAUGGAUGUUACACUUAAUCACUACUCCUGUUACACAUAAGCUAAAACAGUAUUUUGUCCCUUACUGGUUUUUUAUUGCUGCUUUUUUUUAUCAUUUGAGCCUGUUUCUAGUUUGAGCCUUUUGUUUUGUUACAAUAAAUGAAAUAAAUGCACGUUGCUUGUUUAA